UUUGGACCCCUCCAUUAUCGAUAACCUCUAGGUUAGGUUAUACCUACCUAGGUACCUAACCUAUCUUUCUUAGUGCCCCACCAAAACGAUGCUUGAUAAGGUGAAUCCGAUAUCUCUCACCUGAACCUUCGCCGAUUAUUGUUUACUUCAUGUCAUCUCCUAUAUCGGCCAAGUUCACUACAUCCCGUCUCGCAGCAAAUCGUUAAUCACAAAUUAAUCAAAACUCGAGCUUAAAGUCCAAUUGACCUUCUAUGUUCUGAGCGAUAUACGAGAACUUCAUAGGUAUUCAAUUGUGCGCGGGGCAGGGAUGGGAGACGCAGCUCAGGACCUCGACGCCAAAGGCGGUGCUCUUGACACCGCAAAGGACUUGGUUGCAGGAGCUGCCGGAGGAGUUGCCCAGGUUCUUAUAGGCCAACCCUUCGACAUAGUCAAAGUCCGGCUCCAAACAAGCACAGCAUACAAAUCCGCCCUCGAUGCCGCAACUUCCAUCUACGCCAAAGAGGGCCCCCUCGCGUUCUACAAGGGCACGCUAACCCCUCUCCUUGGUAUCGGAGCCUGCGUGUCCAUCCAAUUCGGCGCUUUCGGGUACGCGCGGCGCUACUUCGAGACCCAGAAUGCCACUGCCGCCGCUUCAUCCUCAUCAUUAUCAUCCUCUGCCAAAGACCUGUCCUUCGGCCAGUACUUCGCUGCCGGCGCCUUUGCCGGCGUCGCCAACUCCGUCAUCUCAGGGCCCAUCGAGCACGUGCGUAUCCGGCUGCAGACGCAGCCCCACGGCGCUGCGCGCCUGUACUCUGGUCCUCUCGACUGCGUGCGCCAGCUGUCUUCGCGCGGCGGCGGGCUGCGCGGCUUGUACCGCGGCGAGGCCGUGACGAUUUGGCGCGAGGCCGCUGCUUACGGCACGUGGUUUCUGACUUUCGAGUACUUGAUGAUGGCCGACGCGGCGCGGAACCGCGUUGAGCGAGCCGACAUUCCCAGCUACAAGGUUGCGCUGUACGGUGGCUUGGCCGGCGAAGCCCUCUGGCUUGCUAGCUACCCUUUUGACGUCAUUAAGAGCAAGAUGCAAACCGAUGGCUUUGGUAGCGAGAUGAAGUAUAAGACGAUGCGGGACUGCUUUUCGCAGACAUGGAGGGCCGAGGGCGCACGUGGCUUUUGGAAGGGCAUUGCUCCCACGCUACUGAGAGCCAUGCCAGUAAGCGCGGGUACGUUCGCCGUGGUGGAGGCGACAAUGCGUGCUAUGAGUUAAAAGGCAAACUUGAGAGGUAGGCAGGUAAUCAGGGGUAAGGAGGCUGAGAAUAUCUGGGCUUAGGUCAUAUGAUAAGGCGUUGGGUUUCAACCAAAGAUGUGCGAGAUAGGGGGAUUUACCACGAUAGAUCUCAUUUGGGAGCAAUUCAACACUUCGUACUUAGACCGGUAUUAGGGCGCAAACUGAACUAUAUUUGGAGACCUAUAGAAGACAGACAUAAUU